AUGAAUGAACGUCACACUUUUGAAAGCACACAUCCCCAAUCAUCAUCACAUAUUCUUAUCAAACGCAACACCCCAGUUGUACCAGUUCUAUUGGGCCCUCAAAUACCACGUCGGGAGCGAGAAGACACUCAUGAACGCUACUGUCGUGCUUUACUGACACUCUUUGUACCGUGGCGAUCAAUAAAUGAUCUUUGUAAACUCACUGAGACGUGGUCUGAAGCGUUUGAAGCUCGUAAACAUCUGAUAUCCGAUGACGCACUCAGAAUUAUUGAAAAUAUACAGCUACUGCAUGAGUGCAAAAACGAUCGGGAUCAACAUCUUCUACAGCUUAUUGCAGCAGCAGACAAUGAUAACAACAUUGAUCCUCUUCUUAUCCCUGAUUGUUUUGAAAAAGCCGACGAUAAUGAAGACGACGAACCUGAAGAACUUUUGCAAAUGCUCUCACUUAUUGAUGAAACCAACAGCACAGCACUUUUCAAACCUUCCAGCUACCAAGAGCAGCGUUAUUUGCACGAUGCACUAGAAUCAAUUGAUAGCACAAAUAGAUUUGCCUCAUUAAAUGACUGUGUAAAUACAUUGAAUAGAAAUGAUUAUCGUUUUGUGAACGAUUCAAAUACAUUUGUCAUAGCUGAUUUACAUCAUGCGAAAAUGAUCAAAGGAUGGAAACGUGACAUGGAAACCAGAAGAGACCAAGCGAGAAAUUAUUUAAUUUCUGGUGAUGAUACUCUAGAGACACCAGAUAACGAAAUACAGAUUGAAUCAGUAACUGCUCAAAUUCCUACGAGUCCUUUGAAGGCUCAGAUGUCAACUGUUUUACCAGUAAGUACAAUUGAAGCUGCGUCGUUGCCAAACAAAUCAGAUAUUAUCACAAAGUUUACAUUAAAUAAGCAGCAAACAUUUGCUUUUAUGAUUAUUUCUAAUCAUCUGGAUGGCGAUCAUCUAUCUCAAAAUGGUACUCUUAAUAGUCAACUUUUGAUGUGUGUACCUGGUCCUGGUGGUACUGGAAAGUCUCAAUUAAUUCGAGCAAUUACUUACUAUUUUCAAUCAACAAACAGAUGUAAAAUGUUACGUAAAUUAGCACCAACGUCUAUAGCAGCAGGAGAGAUUGAUGGAUUGACGAUCCAUUCAUUUUUGGGUGAAAGCCGUAAGAGUUCUAAAAGACAAAAACGUAUAUUUAGACCAGGAGACACGAAAUUAGAAAACGAAUGGCGCCAUGUAAAAUAUUUGAUAAUCGACGAAAUGAGUAUGGUAGGACUGAGUCUAUUAGCUCGACUAAAUCGAGUAGUGAAAACAGCAAAACAUGUAAACUCAGAAGAACCUUUUGGUGGUAUUAAUGUAAUCUUUUUUGGAGACUAUUUGCAAUAUUCCCCAGUGUUGGACAAACCUCUUUACCAAAGUUAUUUGCCUGUAAAUCAAUACACUGAACGUCAAAUAGAUAUACAAUGUGCACAAAAAGUGAUGUCUCAAAUAAAUUGUGUUGUGAAAUUAGAGAAGCAAAUGCGAACAGAGGAUACAAGGUAUUUAGAAUUAUUGAACAGACUUCGAAAUGGAUGCUUUAAAAUGGAAGAUUAUCAACUUCUUUGUUCACGUGUUAUUGGAAGCCCGAAUUUGAAAAUAUCUUUACAACAAAGUCCAUGGAACGAAGCUCCUAUACUGGUUUUUCGAAAUGCUGUUCGAACCCAAAUCAAUAAUCGAGCUGUUUUGAAUAAAGCCAUUGAGCUGGGAGUGAAACCAAUUGUAUGUGUUGCACAAGAUUAUGUAAGAGGAGCCGCAAUUGACGAUUCACGAUUGCGUAAAGCAAUACUUGAGCUUCCAGACAAUAAAACAGAACAUCUUCCAGGAUAUUUACCACUUGUACCGGGUAUGCCCGUCUUACUAACCGAAAAUAUUGCGACUGAAUUGGGACUUUCUAAUGGAACACGUGGCAUAUUCCAUCAGCUCGUAUACGAUGAAUGCCUUGACGAUACUCAGAUAUAUCAAAGAAAUUUUCCAGAUCAUACUAAAUUUGUUUUACAACCAAAGUUCGCUUUAGUAGAAUUUCCGAAUUGCAAGCUUGACUCGGCGCUGUCUGAACUUGAUCCAAAGAUAAUUCCUAUUGGUCUUAGUGAACAAACUUUUCAAUUUGAUAUGAAGGACCUUCUAGUUGGAAAUAUAUCAAAAAUUAAAAAACUUACGAAUCGAACAACGAAAAUAUCCAUCAAACGUAAAGCACUUCCGCUAGUACCAGCAUAUAGCAUAACAACACACAAAAGUCAAGGUCAAACGCUUGGAAAAGUUAUCAUUGAUCUCGUCGUACCACCUGGUCCAGUUGAAAUUGCAUCAACAUAUGUCCCAUUGUCACGUGUUAAACGACUCGAAGAUUUAUUAAUUCUUCGUCCUUUUAAAAUCGAAACUCUACAAGUGCAACCCACUGCAGCACAACUCGAAGAAUUAAACAGAUUGGACAUCAUUGCUAAAAAGACUUCUAAAAAUUACAAUAUUAUUCAAUAA